AUGGUGGCUGGAGGAGCGGCGGCGUUUGGAGCCGGCGCAAUAGGCGGGUGGUAUUACCACCGAUGGUAUUCGUCGGCAGUGACAUCGCCCUCCGCACCUGCCCCUCAACCAUCUAAGAGUACGGCCACGUGUUCCGAGACUUCUCAACCGGAUAAGACUACGGCAACGGAUUCUGGGACCGCCCCUCAACCGGCUAAGAGUACGGCCACGUGUUCCGGGACUUCUCAACCGGAUAAGACUACGGCAACGGAUUCUAGGACCGCCCCUCAACCAUCUACGAGUACGGCCACGUGUUCCGGGACUUCUCAACCGGAUAAGACUACGGCAACGGAUUCUAGGACCGCCCCUCAACCGGCUAAGAGUACGGCCACGUGUUCCGGGACUUCUCAACCGGAUAAGACUACGGCAACGGAUUCUAGGACCGCCCCUCAACCAUCUAAGAGUACGGCCACGUGUUCCGGGACUUCUCAACCGGAUAAGACUACGGCAACGGAUUCUAGGACCGCCCCUCAACCAUCUAAGAGUACGGCCACGUGUUCCGGGACUUCUCAACCGGAUAAGACUACGGCAACGGAUUCUAGGACCGCCCCUCAACCAUCUAAGAGUACGGCCACGUGUUCCGGGACUUCUCAACCGGAUAAGACUACGGCAACGGAUUCUAGGACCGCCCCUCAACCAUCUAAGAGUACGGCCACGUGUUCCGGGACUUCUCAACCGGAUAAGACUACGGCAACGGAUUCUAGGACCGCCCCUCAACCAUCUAAGAGUACGGCCACGUGUUCCGGGACUUCUCAACCGGAUAAGACUACGGCAACGGAUUCUAGGACCGCCCCUCAACCAUCUAAGAGUACGGCCACGUGUUCCGGGACUUCUCAACCGGAUAAGACUACGGCAACGGAUUCUAGGACCGCCCCUCAACCAUCUAAGAGUACGGCCACGUGUUCCGGGACUUCUCAACCGGAUAAGACUACGGCAACGGAUUCUAGGACCGCCCCUCAACCGGCUAAGAGUACGGCCACGUGUUCCGGGACUUCUCAACCGGAUAAGACUACGGCAACGGAUUCUAGGACCGCCCCUCAACCAUCUAAGAGUACGGCCACGUGUUCCGGGACUUCUCAACCGGAUAAGACUACGGCAACGGAUUCUAGGACCGCCCCUCAACCGGCUAAGAGUACGGCCACGUGUUCCGGGACUUCUCAACCGGAUAAGACUACGGCAACGGAUUCUAGGACCGCCCCUCAACCAUCUAAGAGUACGGCCACGUGUUCCGGGACUUCUCAACCGGAUAAGACUACGGCAACGGAUUCUAGGACCGCCCCUCAACCAUCUAAGAGUACGGCCACGUGUUCCGGGACUUCUCAACCGGAUAAGACUACGGCAACGGAUUCUAGGACCGCCCCUCAACCAUCUAAGAGUACGGCCACGUGUUCCGGGACUUCUCAACCGGAUAAGACUACGGCAACGGAUUCUAGGACCGCCCCUCAACCAUCUAAGAGUACGGCCACGUGUUCCGGGACUUCUCAACCGGAUAAGACUACGGCAACGGAUUCUAGGACCGCCCCUCAACCAUCUAAGAGUACGGCCACGUGUUCCGGGACUUCUCAACCGGAUAAGACUACGGCAACGGAUUCUAGGACCGCCCCUCAACCAUCUAAGAGUACGGCCACGUGUUCCGGGACUUCUCAACCGGAUAAGACUACGGCAACGGAUUCUAGGACCGCCCCUCAACCAUCUAAGAGUACGGCCACGUGUUCCGGGACUUCUCAACCGGAUAAGACUACGGCAACGGAUUCUAGGACCGCCCCUCAACCAUCUAAGAGUACGGCCACGUGUUCCGGGACUUCUCAACCGGAUAAGACUACGGCAACGGAUUCUAGGACCGCCCCUCAACCAUCUAAGAGUACGGCCACGUGUUCCGGGACUUCUCAACCGGAUAAGACUACGGCAACGGAUUCUAGGACCGCCCCUCAACCGGCUAAGAGUACGGCCACGUGUUCCGGGACUUCUCAACCGGAUAAGACUACGGCAACGGAUUCUAGGACCGCCCCUCAACCAUCUAAGAGUACGGCCACGUGUUCCGGGACUUCUCAACCGGAUAAGACUACGGCAACGGAUUCUAGGACCGCCCCUCAACCAUCUAAGAGUACGGCCACGUGUUCCGGGACUUCUCAACCGGAUAAGACUACGGCAACGGAUUCUAGGACCGCCCCUCAACCAUCUAAGAGUACGGCCACGUGUUCCGGGACUUCUCAACCGGAUAAGACUACGGCAACGGAUUCUAGGACCGCCCCUCAACCGGCUAAGAGUACGGCCACGUGUUCCGGGACUUCUCAACCGGAUAAGACUACGGCAACUGAUUCUGGGACCGCCCCUCAACCGGCUAAGAAGUACGGCCACGUGUUCCGGGACUUCUCAACCGGCUAA